AUGUCAACUUGUUCAUCUCUUAGUAUGAAUGAUAGAAUUCAUGUGGCUUAUGGAAGCAUUAUUUCAGCAUCACUAUCAAUUAUUGGAACAAUUUGUACAAUUAUUUUAAUUAAAAUAAGGAAUAAAAAACAAAUAAAUAAUGACCCACAAAGAAAGCAAUUAUUAAAUUCGACAAAUAGUGGCGAAAAUAGUGGUGCCAGUUCAAUAUCGCCUAGUAAUAGCUCAAACAAUAUAAUUAGUAUAAAUAGCGGCAGUAGUGGCUACAGUUUUUUUUCAGAAGAGAUAAACGAUAAUAAUAAUAAAAAUUUUAAUAAUUUUAUGAACAAUUUAAAUAAUAAUAAACAUUAUAAUAAUAUAGCAAAUAACAAUAAUAAAAAAUCAUUAAAUUCUUUCAACAGUAAAGGAAACCAACAAACAACAAAAGUUUCUCAUUUUAUAAUAAAUUUAUCAAUUGCUGAUUUGUUGGCUUCAAUUUUUAUUUUAAUAUCAAAUGUUAUGAUGAUACAGUUUAAUGACAGAUACGUAGAAACACCAUUUUCAAGUGAUAGCUACACAUUUAUAAAUAUGAUGUCAAUUUGCACCCUUAGUAAUGGUUUUGUCAGCUUCUCAUAUAUUUCAACCUUCUUUUGGACAUUGGGAAUAGCGCUAUACAUUUACCAACAAUUCUCUUUAACCUCCACAAUGGUAUCAAGCUCAUCGCUCAGCGACAGUCAUAAACAAUCAAGAAAUAAUAAAAUUAUUAAAAUAUUAUUUUAUAUAAUAAAUUGGGUCAUACCGUUCAUAUUGGGUGGAGUUAUUGUAUCAGGAAGUAGAAUCGUCGAUAAAUCAUCUUUCUUUAGUUCUGCCAGUGAUGGUUCGGCAAGAUCGUUGCCAUGGUGUUCAAUCGAAGCCAAUGUCCAAUUGGUUGCAUUCUACCUACCGUUAAUGGUAUCAAUGAUAUUCACUCUUUUUUAUACACUCUUAAUUAAACAUAGAUUUUCAAACAACACUUUGUAUGGAGGCUCAUCAACUUUGGUUAAACUUCAAAAUAAAAUUAUUGGAAGAUUGGUUCUUUUCUGCUUGGUUUUCUUUAUAUGCUGGACACCCAAAUUAAUCAGUUUCUUUAUUACAUACUUUACAAGUAGUGCUGGUAGAGCACAAGAAUGCAAACAAAUGCUAUGGUUAGAGGUAUUAUCAGCUACUGUUUAUCCAUUACAAGGUUUUUGCAACUUCCUUUCAUACACUGUAUUUAAGAAAUUCAAAGAGUUUUUUAAAUUAAAAUUAAAUAAUAUUUCUAAAUUAUUUAAAUCAAAUUUAAAUAAUGAUAACAAAAACACAAAUAACAAUUUUGGUUCAAAUUUAUUUUAUACAAAUAAUAGUAAUAAUAAUACUAAUAAUAAUAAUAAUAAUAAUAAUGGUAAUAAUAACUUCUAUUUUACUUUUUCAACAUUUGAUUUAAAUGAAAAAGGAAAAAAAUAA